AAGGGAACUAAUUUAUAAAUAAAAAAAACUUGUAUUUCAAGAGUAAAGGUGUAGAACUGGACAAGUUCAAUUUGAAUAUCAUAAUCAAUUUUAUAACCUCAUUAGUUUGUUUACAUAAUGGAUUCAUGUCUUCAUUUUCAUAAUACUAUUGCUUUCCAAUACAAAUAUUGAAUAUUAUCUAUACAAGUAAAAACAAGGAAUAACUCUUUGAUACUAAUACUAAUGAUUUUUUAUUUGUUUGAAAACAUUCGUUAUAAAGGAUUAAUACUAUCUUGAUUCACAGAGGAGUAAAACAAGUAUUCAUCAGUUUUAUCUAUAAAGAUACUGAUUAUCCACAUAUCUUAAACUGUAUUAUUUAAAUAGUUUAAAAGUAAUCUGAUCAGAAUAAUUACAAUAUUAAGAUUUUCUACAUUCUAUAACCUUAGAUAAAACAACAUUGUAAAUAUCGGAAAUAGUUGAAUACUUCUACAAUAUAUUAUUGUUUUAAUCAAAAUGAACUGAUGUGUAAACAAUCAACAAUGACUUCAAAAACAAACGAAAUUUGAGUUAUAUGCAUCGAUGUAGAAUGUUUAUUUAGUCGUUCUUCGGAUUUGUUAAAUAAAAUAUGCCCAAAUUUCUAUUACAAGACAGUUUCUGCGUACAUCUUCUCCUUGUAAUUAUUUGGGGCAAUGUUGAAAUGCAAACUACUGAAAAUACAACAUCGAAUCGUUUGAGCAGAUCAACAUCAUCCAUGAUUAACUUCAGUGGUCUACCAAUAACACGAUUAUAUGUAAGUAUACCAGAAGAAUUAACACCUGGCAGCCUUGUUCUAGAUUUGAAUAAACAUCCCAAAAUAAGUAGUUUUUUAACUGAUCAGAAUGCUCUUGUAAUGUAUAACAGUGGUUCAUAUCGAUAUAGAUUGUUGAAUGCAUUUGAUAGUUAUUUAUUUCGUGUAGGAUCAAAAACUGGUAAAGUGACUGUUGCUACUCGACUAGAUCGAGAAGCAUUAUGUUCAAGUUUAAAAGCUCAAUUCUGUUGUAAUACAAGGUCUGGUAGUAUACCACCUCCAAUUUCAAGUGAAUCUGACUGGAAACUUAGAUCACCAGAAAAUAAUCCAAGUCAGCAAUGUUAUUUAGUUGUACACAUCAGUUUACAGCCUGACAGUGAAACGAAUCAAAAUAAUGACAUUUUUGUCAAUUCGCAUCAACAAGAUAAAACCAAUCGAGCAGCUUUAAUUUACCUCUAUAUACAUUUAGAAGAUAUCAAUGAUCAUACACCCCAGUUUCCAUCACAUUCGAUUGAUUUAAAUGUUAUGGAAGAUACACCAGUUGGAAGUGUUCUACACUAUUUUAGAAUAUCUGAUCCUGAUAUUGGUUCAAAUUCUUUGGAAUCAGUUAAUUUAACUGUUAUUCCGUUACCAAAUUUAUCAUCUGAUCAGUCAACAAAAUUACAACAAACAAAUUUUUUAAUACCUGACUUAUUAAGUAAACCAUUUGAAGUAAUACUGACUAGAGAAGGUGCAACAUUCAGUUUAAAAAAUCAAUUAGAUCGUGAAAUUGUCCCAGCUUAUGACGUUACUUUGAUUGCUUUAGAUGGAAACAAACAAAAUCCACGUUCAAGUCAAAUUGGUUUCCGUGUACAUGUAGCUGACGUGAAUGAUAAUUCACCUAGGUGGUUGAAACAAAAACCAUUAAAUGAUGUACAAACUUUAAACUAUGAACAAGAAAUUAAUUUAGAAAUAGAAAAUGACUAUCCGAGAUUUCUUGUAUCUGUACCAGAAAACACUCAGAUAGGUGCUCUGAUUUUCUGGCUUCAAGCACGUGAUGCUGAUACAGGUGAAAAUGCACGCCUUCAAUAUUUAAUUGAUACAAGUGCACCUGGUGGAUUGGUUGGAGCAGAUUAUUUAUCAGUUCAACCAAAUACUGGUGAAGUAAGAUUGAGAACUCAACUAGAUUAUGAAACAAUUUCUAUGCAAAUAAAUGGUCCAGAAAUUGAUAUCCCAGUAAUGGUACACGAUAAUCCACGAAAUGGUCGUCAGCUUUCAGCUAGAGCGAUGCUUGUAAUUAGAGUUUUGGAUGUAAACGAUGUGCCUCCUACCAUUAUUGCAACUCCUCUAGCUCCAAUAUUAUCCAGUGGAGGCUUUUUUCCUAACUUGAUUGAAAAUAAUCAUGUGACAUCUGUUUUUGGAAUAUGGGAAAAUCAACUACCUGGUCAACCAGUCGCCAGUAUUCAUGUUAGCGAUCCUGAUACUGGUGACGGUGGAGUUGUAGCCUGCACAAUUACCAAUGAAUACUUUCGCUUGGUAACAGAACCAUCAACAUCAAGGUUGCCUUAUGAAAACGUAUAUGAUUCUACCAGUCCAGAUACAAUGAAACCUGGCUUUAAUGUACCAAAUGUAAUAGAAGCUUUAUCUGGAUCUGCUACAUAUCAGCUCAUCUCCGCACAACGCUUAGACAGAGAGACUACUGCUCGACAUCAAGUUCUACUAACUUGUCGAGAUCAUGAUACAGUAAAACCACUAGUGUUUACAUAUCGACUAGACAUUGAAGUAAUGGACGAGAAUGAUAACCCACCGGUUAUAGCAUCCGAUAAACUUGCAUUAACGUGUCCAGAAAAUGCAUCACCUGGAAGAGUUAUUGGUCGAUUAAAUGUUACAGACGCCGAUAUAGGUGAAAAUGCGCGGUUACGCUUUUGGAUUGACGAAGCUGAUGUAAAUUGGAUUAGUAUACAGUCUAAUACUGGUGAAAUUCGAGUUAAUACUGUAUUUGACAGAGAAUUGGAGCCUGAACGUACAUUCACUGUUUAUGUAUCCGAUUCAGGUGUGAAUGCACAUACAGCUUCAGCUGAAAUCAAAAUUCAAAUUUUAGAUGAAAAUGACCACACACCACAUUUUACAGAUUUAUACUUUUUCUCUAUACCAGAAAAUAGUCCACCUGAUACAGAAGUUGGUCAAAUUCAUGCUGUAGAUGAGGAUAUUGGAGAUAAUGGAAAGGUUCAAUAUUUUCUUCGUCAACCAAGUAGAGAAUUUGAUUUGGAUAAAAAUACAGGCAAAUUAACUGUACGAAAAAAUGUAAUCGAUAUUGGCAAGCAUCAUUCAAAUGAAUUAUUUGGAAAAUUCGUAAGUUUAUUAGAUCGUGAACAAAAAGACACUUAUGAAUUAACAGCAUAUGCUGAAGAUUCUGGUAACCCAUCAAGACGUGCAAAUACAGUUAUACAUAUUAGUAUAUCAGAUGUAAAUGAUCAUGCACCAGAAUUUCGUUAUCCUACACCUCAUGGUACUGGAAGUCUACUGAAUAUAUCAUGUGCACAAUUAGGAAGUCAAAUUAUAGCUCACGUACAUGCAAAUGAUUCAGAUACAGGACGUAAUGGAGAUAUUGAAUACAGUAUUAUUCGUCAAAACAGUAGACCGCAAUUGCAAAAAGUUAAACGUAGUGGUGAUGGUGAUUUACUAACAGAUGUUCAGGAGAAAUCAAAAAUCAAAGUAUCCAAAGAUAAAAAUUCUCAGUCAAAUCAUACAGACUCACCGGACCUAAAAGAAACUACGACUGUUCAGGAUGGCGUAAAUAAAACUGUGGAGACUAAAAAUAUUUCUAAUACAAGACAUGUCAAAUGGGCUCCAUUAUCUCAAAUACUAUUAGGUGGACCUACAGAAGAACAUUUUGAUAUUGAUAGUUAUAGUGGUCAAUUGUUUUUAAUUCAUCCUAUAUUUGAUUGCAGCCAACCAGUUGAUGUAAAAUUAUUAAUUCAAGCAACUGACGGUGGUCAACCAUCAAAAUCAUCUACAGCUCAACUGACAUUACAUAUUUAUCCAGUGACUAUGACAAAUGAAUUAGAUAGUGAGAAUAACCAAAAUACUAAUAAUAAUAAUUUUAUGAGUGUUACAGAUAUUCGACGUAAUUUAGAUUUUAAUAGACGUAUAAGUAGCAGUACAAAUGCAUGGACAGAUCACAAAAAUUCAAGGCCAAUAUAUCAACGAGCUGGGUUCAGUGUUUCGUCUUCUGGUAUGACAAGUAAUCAAAGAAACAUAACUAAUUAUCAUUGGCCAGCUAUUGUUGGCUUGAUUGUAGCUAUGAUUGUUUUAGUACUGUUACUAUGUCUUAUGUUAAUUAUUUUAAGAAGAAGAUUUAUUAUGGAUACAAGAAAGCUGCCCAAUAAAGCUGAAUCAAAAGGGAAUAUGGAUGGAGACAAAUAUCAAACAAUGGUUGGUAUGACUAUUCGAUCAAAUGACACAACAAUGCAGGAUAUCUAUAACAGAAGUGGUUCACAGGUUGGACAAUCAUUACAUGAAAUAGUGAAUAAUUCUCAUUCAACAUUCUCAACAAAAACUGUAACACCACAUCCUGUUGAAGAAUUUAACUGUUCACCAAUAAGUACCAUGUUAUUUGAUACGCAUCAUCAAUCAUUAGUUGGGAAUAACUUUUUUCGUACUCUACCAAUGUCUUCGUCAACUUCAACAGCAAUAAUAUCAUCAACACCAGCUGUGGCAUUAAACGCUGGAGAAGUAGCGUUAAUUCAUCAUGAUUCUAUGCCCAUAAAUAAUCGAAAUAAUAAAACUACAACUAAUAUUAACAAUGUAUGCAAUGUAGAACAAUUGCAAUCAAUUUAUAAAGGACAGAACAGUGAACUUUACGGAUAUGUUGAUCCACAUCCACGAAGAAAAAAUAUCAUAUUACAAGGUAAUAGUUACCAAACGUUACAAACGAGACAACACCCUAAUUUACAAAAUAUAUCAUCAUUUAAUAGAAUCAUAACUGGAGAUUUUAGAAAUACUAAUAACAAUAAUAAUUACAUUAUCAACAACAGUAAUAAUGACUCAAUGAAAAGAUCAAUGACUCAAUAUAAUCAUCAGUAUAAAAAUGGACAGUAUACACCAUUACUCGAUAUGAAUAAUCAAAGGCAUAUGUUGGAGCGCUUACAUUUAAUACAAGCAUCACAACCAAACUUAUGCAUAGGUUUUAAAGGUGACGAAGAUGAUGUUGUCGAGGAUGAAGAAGAAGAGGGCAACAGUAAUGAUAUUGAAAGCAAUAUCAAUAAUAAUAGUCUAAUCGCUGAUGAUUGUCAUUCCUUUGGUCAUAUUCACAAGAAAGAAUCAUUUACACGCCAAGAAAGAGCUUUUAGUUUGACUAAUUUGAUUCCACAAAAAGCAGAAAUCUUAUCAUUCAAUGAAUAUAAUAAUUCUGAUGAACACCGAAAUAAUAAUACUACUAAUCAUACAAAUGAAUAUCAUAAAUCGAAAAACUGCAUGAAAUAUGAAUCGUCUUCACCACCAGUUAAUACAUUGAUACAGCAUGGAGAAAAAGAACAACACCGGCCACAACAUGAACGAAUAGUACUGAUAAAUAACAAAUAAGUAGACUGAAGCAAAAUACUACACCAACAACACUACCAUCAAUAAAUACAUCAACAUCGAAUACAAAUCAAUGUAUUAAAUUGAAAUCCAGUCAGUCGAAACACACAACAGAUGAUAUUACAAACAAUCCAAACUCAAUUACUACUAGUGGGAGUAAUAAUAAUUCUUAUUGUACUGUUAGUUUUGUUUGAUCCGGUCAAAUAGUGUAAAUAAGUACAUAGAGAAGAAACUAAACAAUGAAGGAGGAAUUACAAAAAUGAAAAGAUACAAUAGGUUUAUUUUUUUUAGACACUACCGACCAGUAUCAACAUUUCCGUUUGAAACGCUGAUCAAUAUUAUAUUUAAUUAUUUUACGUAGGAAAUAAUGGCACUGAGUGUAUGUACAUGAGCCAAAUUCAUCACUUCCCCCCCCCAAUCCACUUUCAUAU